GCGGGGCCGCCGCGGCUCCCCCCGCGCUGAAGGGCAGGCGACAGCGGCCCGCCAUGGAGAAGGCAGCGGCCGCGGAGCUCCGUCAGGGCGCGCUGGCGCCGCUCACUGCCAUCUGCCUGGUGAAUCUCUUCCUGACUGGGAAAAUAGAAAGUGCUGUUACCUCAUUAGCUGCUUGCAGUGGAGAGCUGGAACAGCACACAGAGAGACGGGGAGUCAUCUAUAGCCCUUCUUGGCCAUCAAACUAUCCUCCAGCCAUAAACUGCAGCUGGUACAUUCAAGGAGAUCAUGGAGACAUGAUAACAAUUAGUUUCAAGAACUUUGAUUUGGAAGACUCUCAGAAGUGUGCAGUAGACUGGUUGAUGAUUGGCCCAUCUUCCAAGAGGGAGGAGUACAAAGUGUGUGGAUCUUCCAUACCUCCAUCUUUCAUCUCUGCAAGGGACCAUGUGUGGAUAUUUUUUCACUCAGAUGCAUCAAGCUCAGGACAGGCUCAGGGAUUUCGCCUUUCUUAUAUUAGAGGAAAGAUAGGUCAGUCUGUGUGCCAGUCAGACGAAUUCCGUUGUGCAAAUGGGAAGUGUAUUCCCAGUACUUGGAAGUGUAACUCCAUGGAUGAGUGUGGUGAUAACUCAGAUGAGAGAAAUUGCACUGUCCCUCCAACAGACCCUCCAUCCAGCAUCUGCCCCUCAGGAAUGUUUCAGUGCAGCGCAGCCCACUCCACCAAAUGCCUGAUGAACGAGCUGAGAUGUAAUUCAGUUAAAGACUGUGGUGAUGGUUCAGAUGAAGAUAAUUGUCCUGAUCUUUCCUGUGGCAAAAGGCUGGGUAAUUUUUAUGGAUCUUUUGCUUCCCCAGACUUAUUCCGUGCUGAUCACAGCAGGUCAGACCUUCGUUGCACGUGGUAUGUGGACACGCAGGAUAAUCGGCAUGUUCUGCUGCAGCUCGAUCUGCAGCUGGGCUACAAUGACUAUGUAAAGGUCUAUGAUGGCAUUGGGGAGAGAGGUGAUAAACUAAUGCAGACAUUUUCACACCACAACAACAGGCACUCAGUGAGUGUGGAGUCGUCAAAGGGCCAGCUCACUGUCUCCUAUCAUGCCCGCUCCAAGAGCACUGGCCAUGGGUUCAAUGCAACCUAUCAGGUGAAAGGCUACUGCCUUCCUUGGGAGCACCCUUGUGGGAGUGAUGAGGAGUGUUUCACAGAUAAGCAGCAUUGUGAUGGCUGGUGGCAUUGUCCAAAUGGCAAGGACGAGGAGAACUGUCCUGCUUGCCAGAAGAAUGAAUACCCAUGUGAAGGAAACAGUGGGCUUUGUUACUCAAUACUUGACCGCUGUAAUAACCAGAAGAACUGUCCAGAUGGCUCAGAUGAAAAAAACUGCUUUACUUGCCAGCCAGGAAAUUUCCACUGUGGGACAAACCUGUGCAUCUUUGAGACUUGGCGCUGUGAUGGCCAAGAAGACUGCCAGGAUGGAAGUGAUGAACGUAACUGCCUGGUGGUUGUUCCCAGGAAGGUCAUCACAGCUGCUCUCAUUGGGAGUCUCGUGUGUGGCUUGCUGCUGGUGAUAGCACUGGGCUGUGCAUUUAAAUUGUAUUCUCUGAGGACCAGGGAAUACAGAGCAUUUGAGACUCAGAUGACACGGCUGGAGGCAGAGUUUGUGCGGCGGGAAGCUCCACCCUCCUAUGGACAGCUGAUUGCACAAGGACUCAUCCCCCCAGUGGAAGACUUCCCUGUCUACAAUGCAUCACAAGCGUCGGUGCUGCAGAACAUCCGCUCGGCCAUGAGGCGGCAGAUGCGGCGCCACUCGUCGCGGCGCAGCGCGUCCCGGCGCCGCCUGGGCCGCCUCUGGAGCAGGCUGUUCCACAGGCCCCGGGGGAGGGGGCAGAUCCCCCUGCUGACCCCUGCCCGCGCCUCGCACACCACUCUGGGGGACGGCAUCCUCAGCGCCGCUGCCGCUGCUGCCGCUGCUCCGCCCUCCCCUGAAGGACCUGGCCUAGAGGCGAACGGCCAGGCCAGGGGCCCAGCAGAAGCUGGAUGUAGCAGCUCGCAGCCAGAGACUGAAGUUACAGAGCCAGUGCCGUCCAGCGCCUGCCAGCCAAACACCUGCACAGCGGCACGUGCAGAGCCCCAGGCUGGACACACCAACAAACCUCUGGGUGCUGACUCUGACAGAGAGCUCAGGCAGCCCAGUAAAGCAGAUCCAGGAAAGGCUUUCAGAGAUCCUUUAUCUGAAAGUGUUACAGAAACGAUCCAUGGAGGGUCAGUAUCCAGGAGGACUGUCCCAGAGGACAGUAGUUUAAGUGGAAGUCAUCCACUGAGUGAAGAUCCAUCUAGAUUACCCUUAAAAAUGUGGGAGUCUGGUUAUCCAGACAGCUCUAUGAAUGUUCAUAUCCAAGUGAAUGGACAAAACCAAUGUUGCCCUAACUCGCACCAGGAGGAGCCUUUGGGUGUUCAUGCAGCUUGUUGCCAUUCUGUGGAAGUGCCAAUGUUACAGUCAUCUACUUCCCUCUCUGAAAACAAUACCAGUGAUGAUGAAUCUUUACUUGUUUGCUAAUAAAAAUUUUUGUUUUGUCCAUGUA